AUGCCCGCCGAUGACAGAAGCGGAAAGCAGGCUGCUGCCCAGCAGGCCGUCGAUAUCCUGCAUGAGAUCUCAACCAUCCUCAACUGCCACCUUGACCGCCGCACGCUCUCGAUCUGCAUCUCCAUGAUUGAGAACGGCGUCAACCCUGAGGCUCUUGCUACUGUAGUCAAGGAGUUAAGAAGCGAGGCUCAGGAGGUCGAUGCGGAGAUCGCAUCACGACGCAAGUAA